AUGGCUAGUUAUUCGUCCUUGUUGCGUACAAUGGGCGCAUACCUUUUUGGUGGAAGAAGUAUUGAAGAUGUUAGUGCGUUAGAAGCAGGAGAAGUGGAGAAGAUUAUCAUCAUACUUGGCUCCCGAGAAAUGUCAGAUGAGGAAAUGGCCUCUGUAGCGAGCAGUUGGAUGAGAGAGCUCAAACAUUCUGCUAAAGAUUUGGAGGGUCAACUUUAUGAAGAUCUACUCUUUGACUACAACAAGAUCCCUCGUCCCGUUAAGAAUAGUUCAGAUAUUUUGACAGUGGAUGUGGGUGCGUCACUCAUCCGAAUUAUAGACGUAGAUGAGAAAAACCAAGUUCUAACAACAAAUUUGUGGCUUGAAAUGAAAUGGUUCGAUGCAAAGCUGACCUGGGAUCCAAAAAAGUACGGAGGGUUGCGUACCUUGCAUAUCCCAAGUGACCUUAUCUGGACACCUGAUCUCGUGCUGUAUAACAAGAAGCCUUCCACUGAGGACGGCUACUGUGUACGUCUUGGAACAGUUUAUAUUGAUGGAAUUUGUUCAUUGGCGAAGCUCAGUUCAACUCGAAUGUCGGAGGAAGUGAGCCUCGGAUUACCACGACUCAUUCGAAGAAUAUCUCUAUCAGUAACUCGUGUAGCUAUUCAGGUUCUGAUUGAUCUUAUGCCACCUACGUCAUUAGUUAUCCCCAUGUUUGGAAGGUAUCUCAUCACCACCAUGAUCCUCGUCGCUCUAUCCACAGUAGUAUCUGUAGUGACAGUGAACUUUCGGUUUCGGUCAGGAUCUGCCCACGAAAUGUCGCCCUGGAUCCGAGCAGUUUUUCUAAACUUUUUACCUCGGGUUCUGUUCAUGUCACGUCCACCAAAAAAGGAGCAAUUCAAACCGCCUCCUCUCACCGAUCCAACGUCACUAAUAGGAAGAUCGUAUAGGGAAAAUUGCAAGUCAGUUUUCCGCGCUCAACCGACCGCACCCAGAUUGAAGUUGCCGGAGCAUCCUGAAUAUCCACGAGACAAAAGUAGUUGCCAGACUAUUCCUAACGAAGACUUCGAUAUUCCAACUCAAGAAGGGAAUUCGCACAUCACAAAUCCCAUGAAAGCGCUUAACGCUAACAUUUCAAACUACUCCGCACCAAGAGUCGUUUUCCGGAAAUCGAAAAAAACGAAAGGACGAGUCGAUGAUGCCAUAUUCAUAAAUCUUCUGCAGCAAGUGCGCUUCAUAGCUGAACAUUUCCAGCACAACGAACGAGAAAGUGAAAUAUCUGACGACUGGACAUUUGUUGCAAUGGUCUUAGACAGGCUUUUCCUGCUUAUAUUCUCUGUGUUGAAUAUCGGAACAAUGUUCAUUAUAUUGGAAGCUCCUUCAUUGUAUGAUUACUCGGAAGCGAUGAAUAUCACUGUACCAAGUAAACCUCUCGGUCAAGCGAAUCUCUUCGGUAGUCACUUCCGCAGUAUAUAG